ACCGGGCCCCGCCCUUCACGCGCGCCGGGAAACACAGCCUCAGCCUCCGACAGCCAAUUCGGCCUCCUGGGCGGUUGCGCGCUCAGGCCCCUCCCUCCAAGCCUAGGCUUAGCUUCCUCGCUCUGCCCGCCUCAUUUUGGGGCGGUUGGGCUGCGCCUGUGAGGGUGGGGUCCGGAACAAGCGACGGAGCCAAUGAGGCGCGGCCGUGCGUCAGGCCGACUGGCAGCAGCGGCUGAGGUGGAGGUGGAAGGAGGCGGUGGCGGUGGAGGGGUAAGAUGGCGGCGCCCGUCCUCCUGAGAGUGUCGGUGCUGUGGUGGGAGCAGAUGGCCCAGUAUGCCGUGUGCGCAGCCGGGAUCCUGCCCUCCAUUUGUUCCUGCCACGUGGAGUGGGAGUAGGAGAGGGACCCCGAGCACCGGGCCCUCUGCGACCUGAGGCCCUGGAAUCUUUGCCCAGAGUCCAGCACCUCCUUCCUGUUCAGGAUCACCUUCUGGUGGAUCACAGGGUUGAUCAUCCGAGGCUACCACCAGCCCCUGGAGAGCAGUGGCCUCUGGUCCUUAAACAAGGAGGACAUGUCAGAACAAGUCAUGCCUGUUUUGGUAAAGAACUGGAAGAAGAAAUGCACCAAGUCUAGGAAGUGUGUCUAUGCCUCCCUGUGGCUGUUUCUGUGAGAACCUGCAUUUUGGAGUUCUGCUUUUAUUUGAGUCACCUGAGCCUGUUUCCACAGUCACCCUGAUCAUGCUGCUGGCUGCAUAUUUAUCCCUUUUGUAUCUUCCAUCCUGGGUCCUCUCCCAUCUCUUCUGGAGUCAGUCCUUUCUUGCCUUACAUUGUGCUGCUUUCUCUCCUGACACCAAAGAAUGAGGCAGCCAGUGCAGAGUGGGGGCUGCAGUCAUCAUCAUGAUUGAGGGGUCAUGGGCAUCAGCAGUCCAGGAAAGGAAGCAAAGCAAAUGGAGAAUGGCAUGCUGGUGACAGACAGUAUGGGGAAACAACUACAGAGGGACAUCAGCAGGCACCACAAUAGCACAGCAGAACUGCAGAAAGUCGAAGCCAAGAAGGGGGAGACUUGAAAGUUGAUGGAGGCUGGCAAGGCACCAACAGGGCAGGUCCAGGUAAAGGCUCUGACAGUUUUGAAGUACACACUGCUGAGAUUCCACUUGUUCAGGGCUCCAUGGCAGUCUCCUAUCUUCUAAUCUUCAAUCUAUGAAAGAACAGAUUCCUGAAAGGAUGGCGUCAAAUGACCAGGAGUGGCUAUCUACAUCCCUGCGCCUGAAUAACAAGCUAACUGGAGUCUCCAUCAACUGCCCCUAGCAUAGACACCUCCAAUUACACAACUGAACUUCAUGACUGGUUGGCCAGUAAAUCAUGCCCCCUGACAGCCUACAUGAACAUUGAAAGGUCGUCAGUAAAUUAAGAAAAGAAGCAGAGGUGAGGAAGCAUCUGCCCUGGGCUACAGAUCUAUGUAGUUAAGCGAUCUCCAGCCCCUAGUACUCAAGAAGCUUUCACCCACCCCUCUGUAAGUCAGAAUGGAAGCACAUAAUACCACAUUUCUUCCUGUGGUAGAGACUCUUUCUGGUGUCUCAAAAUGUUUUAGCAUCUUUCAGUGAAAAUCUUCAAGUUUGUCAGUUAUUUAUUAAGAAAAAAAAGCAGCAACAUGUUUAAAACUCCCUUGAACCCUCUAUUUUAGUGUGCCUUUGUAAAUUUCCAACAUCUUGUGUUCUUCAUCUUUGUAAUUUAUCUUUAUGAAACUUGUCAUAAACUUCAAUAUUCUGAUCUCUUUCUGAAGAAUUCUUAUUUCUAUCCAACAAAGUAUUAUUUCUCUUCAAACCUGGCCUUCCCCUGCUCAUUCCAUUCUUAGCCACUGCCAUUGGGUUUAACAGUCAGUUUCAUUCUCAUUCUAUCCACUGGGUGCACCAGACUCACUCCCACAUUGAAUCAUCAUCAGCAGCAGCAGCAGCAUCUGAGACAGAGUCUUGCUCUGUCACCAGGCUAGAGUGCAAUGGCAUGAUCUUGGCUGACUGCAACCUCUGCUUCCCAUGUUCAAGCAAUUCUCCUGCCUCAGCCUCCCAAGUAGCUCAGACUACAGGCACCUGCCACCAUGCCCAGCUAAUUUGUUUUGUAUUUUUAGUAGACUAAUUUUCACCAUUUUGCCCAGGAUUAUCUGGAACUCUUGACCCCAUUAUCCACCUGCCUCAGCCUCCCAAAGUGCUGGGAUUACAGGUGUGAGCCACCAUGGCAUGGCUGUAAUUUCAGCUAUUUGGGAGGCUGGGGCAGGAUAAUUGCUAGAACUCAGGCAGCAGAGGUUGCAGUGAGCCUAGACUGCACCACUGCACUCAAGCCUGGGCAAGACAGCAAGACUCUGUCAACAACAACAACAACAAAAACUCAUAAAAUAAAAAAAGAAGGGUGAGUACUGGGCUUUAAAAUGAGUUUUAUUUCUGUCACUUCCUAUGUCCAAAAAGAAAACUAUCCUAACCUAUUUGAGUCCAGGUUCUCUAUCUAGGAACACACUUGCCAGAAUGUUUUAACACACGUUGAAGUACUAAAGGUUAUUUUAAUUAGUCCUAUGAUUCCUUAAAAUUCUGAAAUUCUGCAUGCUUUUGACUGUCUAUAGGAGGAUUGGGGAUACAUAGUCAGCAGAAUAUGAAAAAAAAAUAGAACAAAAGAAACACCAAAAGCAGAGAAAAACACUUUAAAACAUCAAGAGAAAGUUAUGGAAAUGUCACAGAAAAAAAAAAGACUAAAGAAAAAUAUUGUGGAAGUAGGCAGAAACACUAGCCUAAAGGGAAAACCAAACUUGGAAGUCAAGCAAUUUCUCUCUAAGACUUGUCUAAUCUUGGUUUUGUAAAAUUUACAAUCCUAUGGCCAAACUUUUACACUGCCCUAAAGCCUUUGAUAGUAAAGAUAAGAUAUUGGUUACCACUGAAAUUGUCAGAUUUAUUAGGACAUACUGUUAGACCAACCUCAUUUCUAACAAUAACUUUAAAUGAGGUUUAAAUGAGUUAUUGUUUUCUAACAAUAACUUUAACAUAUAACUAGAAUUGACUGUAUUUAUUAAUCUGAUUCUUACAUAUAUCUUGAUCCAAUUGCUGCACAGAUCUUUAUCCAUCUACUCUGAAGAGCAAAAUAAAGAUUUGAAAGCCAGGCAGGCUGAUGGUUUAACUGUGAAUCAGCUACUUUUUAAACUAUGGGGUCAUGAGCCAAUUAAUCAACCUCUCUAAACAACAGUUGCCGAUUUAAUAAAUGGUAGGUUAUAAGAAAACAGAUGUUAAGAUGGCUUUAUGAGAUGAAUGCAUAGCACAUAAUAGUGUGGUUAGCCCAGAAUACAACACUCAACAGAUAGUAGUUUCUUCCAUCUAUAGUUCCUAAGUUAAUUUAAUUUUUUAAAUCUGUAAAAAUUCUACCUGACUGCAGAUUCAUCAGAACUCCCAGGAUCUAUUAAAGGAAAAAAUAAAAUGCAUUGUAAAUCAAUAAUAAAUAUAUAGAAUAUUAAAAACAUAAGACGGCACAAUCGUGCAUGCCUAUAAUCUCAACUACUUGGGAGACUGAGGCAGGAGGAUCACGGGAGAAACCCAGAAGUUUGAGACCAGUUUGGAAAAUAUAGCAAGACUCUACCUUCAUUAAAAAAAAAUUUGCACACCUAUAUGCAUGCUUUAGACCAUUUUUCUUUAAAGUAUAGGACUGAUGAUUUGUUACAAAGCAUUCCUUUGGGAGCAUACUUAAGACUUUAUUAAAAGUAAUAUAAAUUAUGCCUACUGGUAUGUGGUUAGUGCAGUAAGAAUUCUUACUUCCCUUACUUUGUAUUUAUUAAAUGCAAAUAAUAAAUUUAUCAAAAUUUGAAAUCUACAAGUGAACUGCAGUAUACAAGUCAUCUUACACAAACCAUAUGAGAUUGACUAAAAAUAGUAUUGUUAUCAGAACAGGUGUGAUAAGUGAUCAGUGUCAAAAAGCAUGAUAUCUGAACCAAAAUAUGAAUGGCAGUUAAAACAGUGUAUACAGUAGUUCCCUUAUCCACGACAUGUGUGGAAAAGACAUACUUGCCAUUUUUUUCUCUUCUCUCACAACACAAAAACUUAUCAUCUACAAAGAAGGCGUCUGUGAUCAAAGGUGGGGAGGGGUUUUCCCCACCAACAAGCAAGCAAUUAUUUCAGCAGAUGACACAAGCUGGGUGUCCUCUAAUUCAGUUCUCAUACUCUGUCAGCAGAGAGCAUUAGAUUCCACAGGUAAAGGGCUCAGUCCCAUGAGACUGCCACCCUACAUCAGUCCUAAAUCUGAAACUCCAGAAUUCUGAGAAACUGGAUUCAAUUUCGGGUUCAAUUGAGGUUCCCAGAACUCCCUCUUUGGGUUAAAUUGAAUUGAUGGAAUGGUUCAAAGUACUCAGGGAAACACAAUUACCAGUUUGCUAUGAAUUACAUAACAAAAGAUACAGAUGAAGAGAUGCACAGUGCAAAGUGUGGGAUAAGUGGGAAGAAGAUUACAUGUCCUCCCAGAACACAAUAUCCUCCAGGAACUUCAAUAUAUUCAGCAAACUGGAAGGUCUCUAAAUCCAGUCCCUUUGGGUCUUUAUAAAAUCUUUAUUACAUAUGCACCACUGAUUAAGUAAAUCACUCGCCGUUGGUUACUGAAAACCUCCAGGCUUUCUCUUUGCCCCAGAGUCUGCAGAGUGAGACAGGAUAUCUCAAACCUCUAAUCAAUGUCUUCACGAUAAUAACUAGUUGCCAUUCUGAAUCUAUGUAGGGGCUUACAGCCAUCAAUCAUAAGCAUACAAAAAUACAUCAAUUUGGGGGGAAGGAAGAUGGCGCUGUUAAGAGCAGAUCAGGAUUGCAGCUACCAGUGAAAGUGCAGAGGGUGAAUGGAUGCCAGUGGGGGACUGGCCAGGUCUGCUGGGGAACUACCAACCAGCAAAGAGCCUCAGCCCCACUCAAGUGUUCUCAACCUGGAAGAGGGAGUGCAUGGAAGAAAAGACAGAUAGACAGUUGAAUCUGGAGGACUGUCAGGCAAUGCCAGGACAGCAAGUUUAUUUGUGCACACCAUACGUUAUAUACUUUUCAAUGUUAAGGAGUGACAUACAUUCCAUUGUAUCUUGAAAUAAAAUCAAGAAUAAAAAUCACAAAAAAGGGGUACAGAAAGUAUGACUCAUAAUCAAAGGGUGUACCACAAAGGGACAAUAAAGUUUGCAAAAGGGGGUCAUAAAUCUAAGCAUGUGUUUAUCUAAAUUCAGUCAAGCAAGCAGGUAAGACCGUUAACAAGGUACAGCUGGACCUUUCCAAAUGUCAUUCUAACCUUGCCUAUUCAUAUAGGAUCAUAUGCAAAAAAAAUAUGAUUGAGUUAGCAGAGGUAACCAAAGUCAUACAGUUAUUGUGCAGAGAAGGAACAAUAAGGCACACAAUGUCUAACCACACAAUGUCUCGUUAGACCACAAAGCCUGAGCUCAGCCAUCCUGUUGCAAAUGUCAGAGGCAAAGAUAGAUGUUUAUAAAAACAGUGCAACCAGACAUCCUCUUUCCCCUUAGCUCAACAGCCUCCAGGAGAAGAGAAACGUGUAUGGGCUCAAGCUCAAGAUGGCAAGGGUCCUGUCAAGGAUCCCUUGUAGAAGUGAUCCCCACAGACGUCAUAUUUCCAGACGAAUUUUUUUUUUUUUUUGCCCAAAGACCCGGAGAUUCCCAGGUGGAGGAACCCCACGGGUCGCCAGAGCAAAUGUUUUGGCCGGCGUGACCAUUUUGGCUGGCGCCGCAGCGCAGUGGCUCCCCAUACAAAAUACACUGAUUUGGUUGCCCUGUUAAACUGGAAAUUCAAGAUCUGGGAAGGCAGAUAAGCCCAUUCAUCUGAUUAAACAAGACUCAAAUAUAAAGCAGGCCAAGAGAUUGCUGGGCAGCCACGUUGUUUCAGGUGGCACAGUGGGUCGCCGCAGAGAAAAUCACACAGAUCCCAGCGCCCUUUCAGCAGGUGACUGAAAUACCUGGGAAAGAGUCAACUGUCCAACUUAAAAAAAAAAGGCUCCGAGGCAGGGAGCCAGGUGAUCAGGCUCAGCAGUUCCCACUCAAACAAAAACAAACAGCAAUUGGAAAUGCUCAGGGUUGAGAGUUUCACGGCAAGCACAGCUAAAACCAAGAUGAACCAGCUCUGUGGGGGAGGGGCGUCAGCCAUUACUGAGGCACUCCACCCCUAUGGAGGUAGACUGACAUUGCUGAGGCAGCCUGCUGUUGCUGAGGCAACCCACCAUUGCCAAGGCAACCCACCAUAACAGAGAGAGUCAGUCAUUACAGAGGUGGGCCAACAUUGUUGUGGCAGUUCUAACCACACCCAUAUAAACAGGACUGCAGGGAAAUACAAAGGGCAGCACGGCAGAGCCAGCAGCAGGGCAGACCCACAGCAGAGGUUCAGCAAAACCUCUACAGGCAGUGACUAGGCUGCCCCCUUGCUGUGCAGGACAGCCCGAGGGGAGAAAAAAAAUAAAACAAGACAGUAAUGCAACAAAUACCAUAAAUAAAGUCCUAACCCCCUGGGACAAAUCACCUGGGGAAAAAAGAGGGCUUUAUGAGUUCUGCUGCAGCAGACUCAAAUGUACCUUCCUGGCAGCUCUGAAUGGACAACAAAGCUCACAGCUCAGCCCUUGAGCUCCUAUAAAGGACACACUGUCUCCUGUGGCAGCUCCCAGACCCCUAUAUAUGCAAAGAGUCACCUCACAAAGGACUGAUCAGACUGACAUUUAGCAGGUAUUAUUCUGGUACAAAGAUAGCAGAAGAAGUAACUGGUAGCAACCCUUACUGUUCUGCAACUGCUGCAGGUGACCCCCAGGCAAGCAGGACCUGGAGUUGACCUCAGCAGUCCUAAAGCAGAGGAGCCAGUCUGUUUAAAAAAAAAAAAUUAAGAAACAGAAAUAAUUUCAUCAUCAACAAUCUGGACGUCCACUCAGAGACCCAAUCUGAAAAUCAGCAACUACACAGACAACAGAUGAAUAAACCCAUAAAGAUGAAAAGAAAACAGCACAAAAAGGAGGAAAACACCCUAAACCAGAACACCUCGCCUCCUACAAGGGAUCACAACUCCUCACCAGCAAGGAGCAAAGCUGGACGGAGAAUGAGUGUGAUGAAAUGACGGAAUCAGAAUUCAGAAAAUGGGUAAUAAGAAACUUCCAUCCUUGACGAAAUGAUAACAAGAAUGGACAACUUAAAGAGGAAUAUGAGUGAAUUGAUGAAGCUGAAAAACACAACACGAGAACUUUGUGAAGCAUGCACAAGUUUCAACAGCCGAAUUGACGCAGCAAAAGAAAGGAUAUCAGAGGUCGAAGAUCAACUCAACGAAAUAAAAUAAGAAGGCAAGAUUAGAGAAAAAAAGCACAAAAAAAAUGAAAAAAAAGUCUCCAAGAAAUGUGGGACUAUAUAAAGAGACCCAAUCUAUGUUUGAUAGGUGUACCUAAAUGUGACGAAGAGAAUGAAUCCAAGCUGGAAAACACUCUUCAGGAUAUAAUCCAGAAAAACUUCCCCAACAUAGCAAGAAAGGCCAAUAUUCAAAUCCAGGAAAUACAGAGAACACCACAAAGAUAUCCCUCAAAAAGAGCUAUCCCCAUGCACAUAACUGUCAGAUUCAUCAGGGUUCAAAUGAAAAAGAAAAUGCUAUUGUCAGCCAGAGAGAAAGGUCGGGUUACCCACAAAGGGAAGAACAUCAAACUCACAACAGAUCUCUCAGCAGAAAACCUAAAAACUAGAAGAGUGUGGGGGUCGAUGUUCAACAUCCUUAAAGAAAAGAACUUUCAACCCAGAAUUUUAUAUCCAGCCAAACUGAGCUUCAUAAGUGAAGAAAAAAUAAAAUCCUUUGUGAACAAGCAAGUACUCAGAGAUUUUGUCACCACCAGGCCGGCUUUACAAGAGCUCCUGAAAGAAGCACUAAACAUAGAAAGAAACAAACAGUACCAGCCACUCCAAAAACAUACCAAAUAAUAAAGAGCAUUGACACAAUAAAAAAACUGCAUCAACUAAUGGGCAAAACAGCCAGCUAGAAUAAAAAUGGCAGGAACAAAUUCACACAUAACAAUAUUAACCCAAAAUCUAAAUAAGCUACAUGCACCAAUCAAAAAACACAGACUGGCAAAUUGGAUAAAAAGCCAAAACCCAUCAGUGUGCUGUAUCCAGGAAACCCAUCUCACAUGCAAGGAUACAAAAAGGCUCAAAAUAAAGGGAUGGAGGAAGAUUUACCAAGUAAAUGGAGAGCAAAAAAAAGCAGGAGUUGCAAUUCUCGUCUCUGAUAAAAUAGACUUUAAAGCAACAAAGAUCAAAAGAGACAAAGAAGGACAUUACAUAAUUGUAAAAGGAUCAAUACAAAAAGAAGAGCUAACAAUAAGAUCUUAAAUAUAUAUGGACCCAAUACAGGAGCACCCAGAUAUAUCAGGCAAGUUCUUUUUUUUCUCUCUCUUUUUCUGUUUUUUUUUUUUUUUCUUAAUUGCAUUUUAGGUUUUGGGGUACAUGUGCAGAACAUGCAAGACAUUUUCAUAGGUACACACAUGGCAGUGUGUUUUACAGCAAGUUCUUAAUGACUUACAAAGAGACUUAGACUCCCACACAAUAAUAGUGGAAGACUUUAACACUCCACUGUCAAUAUUAGACAGAUCAACCUGACAGAAAAUUAAAAAGGACAUUCAGGACUUGAACUCAGACCUGGAACGAGCAAACCUGAUAGACAUUUACAGAACUCUCCACCCCAAAUCCACAGAAUAUACAUUUUUCUCAGCACCACAUCACACCUACUCUAAAAUUGACCACAUAAUUGGAAGUAAAGCACUCCUUAGGAAAUGCAAAAGAAUGGAAAUCAUAACAGUCUCUCAGACCACAGUGCAACCAAGUUAGAACCCAGAAUUCAGAAAAUAACUCAGAACCACACAACUUCAUAAAAACUGAACAACUGGCUCUUGAAUGUUGACUGGAUAAACAAUGAAAUGAAGGCAGAAAUGAAGUUCUUCAAAACCAAUGAGAACGAAGACACAACAUACUAGAAUCUCUGGGACACAUUUAAAGCAGUCUGUAGAGGAAAAUAUAUAGCAAUAAGUGCCCACAUGAGAAGAAUGGAGAGAUCCAAAAUUGACGUCCUAUCAUCAAAAUUGAAAGAGCUAGAGGAUCAAGAUCAAAAAAACUCAAAAUCUAGCAGAAGACAAGAAAUAACUAAAAUCAGAGGAGAACUGAAGGUGAUAGAGAUGCGAAAAACCCCUCAAAAAAUUAAUAAAUCCAGAAGCGAGUUUUUUGAAAAAAUCAACAAAAUAGACAGACCACUAGCCAGAUUAAUAAAAAAGAAAAGAGAGAAUAACCAAAUAGAUGCAAUAAAAAACGAUAAAAAGGAAAUCACCACAGCUGCCACAGAAAUUCAAACCAUUAUCAAAGAGUAUUACAAACUACUCUAUGCACAUCAACUAGUAAACCUGGAAGAAAUGAAUAAAUUCCUGGACACUUGUGUCCCCCCUAGCCUAAACCAGGAAGAAGUCAAAACUAUGAAUAGACCAAUAACAAGAUCUGAAGUUGAGGCAGAAAUUAAGAGCAUACGAAACCAAAAAAAAAGCCCACGUCCUGAUAGGUUCAGAGCAGAAUUCUACCAGACACACAAAGAGGAACUGUUACCAUUCCUUCUGAAACUUCCAAAUAAUCCAAAAAGAGCGAAUCCUUUCAAAUCAUUUUCUGAGACCAACAUAAUCCUGAUACCAAAACCCAGCAGAGACUCAACAAGAAAAGAAAACUUCAGGCCAAUAUCCAUGAUGAACAUAGACGCAAAAAUCUUCAAUAAGAUACUUGCAAGCCGAUUGCAACAGCACAUCAAAAAGCUUAUCCACCAUGAUCGAGUAAGAUUCAUCCCAGGGAUGCAAGGCUGGUUCAACGUAUGCAAUUCUAUAAAUGUAAUUCACCACAUAAACAGAACCAAAAUAAAAAACCACAUGAUUAUCUCAAUCGAUGCAGAGAAGGCCUUUGACAAAAUUCAACAGCCCUUUAUGCUAAAAACCCUCAAUAAACUCGGUAUUGAUGGAACGUAUCUCAAAAUAAUAAAAGCUAUUUAUGAAAAACCAACAGCCAAUAUACUGAAUGGGAAAAAACUGGAAACAUUCCCUUGGAAAUCUGGCACUAGACAAGGAUGCCCUCUCUCACCACUCCUAUUCAAUAUAGUGCUGGAAGUUCUAGCCAGAGCAAUCAGGCAGGAAAAAGAAAUAUACGGUAUUCAAACAGGAAAAAAGGAAGCCAAAUUGUCUCUGUUUGCAGACGACAUGAUUGUAUAUCUGGAAGACCCCAUUGUCUCAGCCCCAAAAUUCCUGAAACUAACAAGCAACUUUAGCAAAGUCUCAGGAUAUAAAAUCAAUGUGCAAAAAUCACAAGCAUUUCUAUACACUAAUAGCAGACUUAAAGAGAGCCAAAGCAAGAACAAACUGCCAUUCACAAUUGCUACAAAGAAAAUAAAAUACCUAGGAAUACAACUAACAAGAAACGUACAAGACCUCUUCAAGGAGAACUAAAAAUCACUGCUCAACGAAAUAAGAAAGGACACAAACAGAUGGAGAAACAUUCUGUGUUCAUGGUUAGGAAGAAUCAAUAUCGUGAAAAUGGCCAUACUGCCCAAAGUAAUUUACAGAUUCAACUCUAUCCCCAUCAAGCUACCAAUGACCUUCUUCACAAAACUAAAAAAAAACCACCUUAAACUUCAUAUGAAACAAAAAGAGAGCCAGCAUAGCCAAGUCAAUUCUAAGCAAAAAGAACGAAGUGGAUGCAUCCCUCUACCGAACUUCAAACUAUACUACAAGGCUACAGUAAUCAAAAUAGCAUGGUAUUGGUACCAAAAUAGAAAUAUAGACCACUGGAACAGAACAGAGGCUUCGGAGGCAACACAACAUAUCAACAACCAUCUGAUCUUUGACAAACCUGACAGAAGCAAGCGGGGUGGGGGGGAAUUUCCUGUUUAAUAAAUGGUGUUUGGAAAACUGGCUAGCCAUGUGCAGAAAGCAGAAACUAGACCCCUUCCUGACACCUUACACUAAAAUUAACUCCAGAUAGACUAAACACUUAUAAAUAAGACCUAACACCAUAAAAACCCUAAAAGAAAAUCUAGGCAAAACCAUUCAGGACAUAGGAGUAGGCAAGGACUUCAUGACCAAAACACCAAAAGCAUUGGCAGCAAAAGCCAAAAUAGACAAAUGGAACCUAAUCAAACUCCACAGCUUCUGCAUUGCAAAAGAAACAGUCAUUAGAGUGAAUCAGCAACCAACAGAAUGGGAAAAAAUUUUGCAGUUUACACAUCUGACAAAUGGCUGAUAUCCAGAAUUUACAAAGAGCUAAAACAGAUUUACAAGUAAAAUACAAACAAGUUUAUUCAAAAGUGGGUGAAGGAUAUGGACAGACACUUUACAAAAAAAGACAUACAUGAGGCCAACAAACAUAUGAAAAAAUACUCAUCAUCACUGGUUAUUAGAGAAAUGCAAAUCAAAACUACAUUGAGAUACCAUCUCACACCAAUUAGAAUGGCGAUCAUCAAGAAAUCUGGAGACAACAGAUGCUGGAGAGGAGUGGAGAAAUAGGAACACUUUUACACUCUUGGUGGGAGUGUAAAUUAGUUCAACCAUUGUGGAGGACAGUGUGGCAAUUCCUCAGGGACCUAGAAAAAGAAAUUCCAUUUGACCCAGCAAUCCCAUUACUGGGUAUAUAUCUAAAGGAUUAUAAAUUGUUUUAUUAUAAGGACACACGCACACGAGUAUUCAUUGCAGCACUGUUUACAACAGCAAAGACCUGGAACCAACCCAAAUGCCCAUCGAUGAUGAACUGGACAGGGAAAAUGUGACACAUAUAUACCAUGGAAUAUUAUGAAGCCAUCAAAAACUAUGAGUUUGUGUCCUUUGUAGAGACAUGGAUCAACCUGGAAACCAUCAUUCUCAGCAAACCGACACAAGAGCAGAAAAUCAAACACUGCAUGUUCUCACUCAUACGUUGGUGUUGAACAAUGAGAACACAUAAACACAGGGAGGGGAGCACUACACACUGGAGUCUGUUGGGAAAAAAUAGGGGAGGGACGGUGGGGGUGGUGAGUUGGGGAGAGAUACAAUGGGGAGAAAUGCCAGAUAUAGGUAAUGGGGAGGAAGGCAGCAAAUCACACUGCCACAUGUGUACCUAUGCAACAAUCUUGCAUGUUCUUCACAUGUACCCCAAAACCUAAAAUGCAUUAAAAAAAAAAAGACCGACAUUCUUAGAAACACCCGCAUGCAAGUCUGGCCCCUUUGCGGGUGUUUAGGAAGUUGAAAUUGAGAAGGUUUCCACCAUUUCCUGCAAAAAAUGGCUCACUGUGUCUAAAGUGUUCAUAGGAACAUUGUGGUUAUUCUGAAUAGAUGAUUUCCUUCUGGGAGUCUGGAAUUUGGGUACAUGUGAGGAAGAGUAACCUCCAUUUAAAAAUACUUGGGUACUGAGUCUUUAAUGAGAUUCUGGUACUGGUAGACAUCACUGCACGUGUGUUGCCAAAAUGUUAGACUGAAAGAAUUAAGCAGAUCCUGGUAAU